AUGCAGAAGAAGGUGAACGAGCAGCCGAGGAAGGGCGUGGACGAGGACGGUGAGCAGGCUGCGGCGAGCUGGGGAGCAAGGGCCCGGGAGGCGGCGCCGGACGCAGGAGGCCGGUACAUCAAGCAGGGGCUGCAGAACGUCGUGGACGGGGACGGCCUUUGCAUCGAUGGGGCGAUGCAGGUGGUGCUCCGGGGGUGGAUGCCGCUGUGGCUCAAGGAGUCCAGGAAGGGCGAGAACCAUCCAUGCGAGUGGGCGCGCGGCCCGCGGCUCGAGCCCAUCAUAAGCCGGCAGGUGAGCGACAUCCUGAAGAGGGUGCUCAUGCAGCUGCUGGCGGAGUAUGUGGAUCGGCCAGCGGAAAUUCUCAUCACGUGGGAGGCGGCAGCGAAGCCCAUGGACCUCUUCACGAUGGUGAAAGUGUUUUUGCCCAAGGCGGAGGGCGGGGUGCGGCCCAUCCGCCUGGCGGCGUUCUGCUUGAGGCUGUGGGGUCGCAUCCGUCAGCCGCUGGUGCAGCGCUGGGAGGCCGAGCUGCCAGACCAGGACCACUUCUGGGGAGGAGUGCGCACGCCCUGCGACAUGGCGGGGAUCGUCUCCAACAUGGUGGCGUGCCACGCGAGGACGGUCGGCUUCGCGCACGCGGCAGGGCUCCUGGAUUUGGCCAUGUCCUACGAGCACGCACCCCACGAGGUGUUGAGGCAGGAGGGCGUGCGGGCGGGCGUCCCUCAGGAUUUGCUGCGGCUGCUCUGUAUCAGCUGCAAAAUGCCUAGGAGAGCCAAGAACAGGGAGACGGCCUGCGAGAAGCUGGAGGUGAACGGCACGCGGGCGACGGAGUGUUCAUGCGCGACGGGCCCGGCCAAGGUUCUGAUGCAUAGGACGUUCUUUUUGCGGGCGAAGGAGUACCGGCUGAUGCGGCGCCAGAACGUGGUCGAUGACGCGAUGGUGCAGGAGGCGGGCAAGGCAGUACAGGCCAUGGUGAGGAUGGCGGAGCUGCUGGAGGCCAAGGACCUGGUCGUCUCGUGGCAGAAGGCCAAGUUUAUGGCAGGCGAUGCGGCCAAG